AUGAAAUUUUAGUUUAAUUUUUUUUUAAAACAGAGAGUCAUUUUAUAUAAAAAUAAGCUAAAAACAAAAAAACUGGCAAGUUAGUAAUAAUAAAAGAAUACUCAAAAUGUUAAUAUAUUAAUAUAUUAAUAUGUUAUAGAAAAAACUGAAGAACCGCCAUUAGCAAUCAUAAAAUUUAACUCAAAAUCUACUGAUUUAGGAAUAGAACGUGUUAAGGCUCUAGCUCUGAAUGAAAAGAAUAUCUUAUCUAUUACAAAUCAUCCUUUCAUAGUACAUAAACUUUUAUAUUAGAUUAAAAUGCUAGGAACAUGUUAGGAUUAAAGGAGUCUAUAUCUAAUUCAAGAGAAUGUGAAUUAUGGAUCGCUUAGGUCACUGAUCUCUAUCAAAAAUAAAUUGGAAAACAAUUAGGCAGUGUAAGUUUGUAAAAUAAAAUUAGAUUUUAUGCAGCUCAAGUUGUUCUAGCGCUUGAGUAUUUGCAUACAAAAGAUAUACUAUAUCGAGGUUUAGAUGCAGAAUUAAUUUUGAUUGGAUCUGAUGGUUAUAUAAAAUUGGAUAAUUUUUCAUAUGCAAAAUAAACUAAAAAGAAGACCUACACUUUUAUAAGCAACUUAAAUUAUCUACCUCCAGAAAAUAUGUAAACUUAGGGUAUAAAAACUAAUAAUUAUAUAACUUAAGGGCAUUGGAAACCAGUCGAUUUUUAUUCUUUAGGAAUUUUGAUUUAUUAAAUGUUGGAAGGAAAAUUCCCUUUUAGUGAGGAUAUUUCUGAACAGUGUUUUUAAAAAGUAAAAGGGCAGUAUUAAUUCACCUAAAAUUUUUCAUAGUAAAUAAUUAUAAUUCCUUUUUAUAUAGAGAAGCAAAGAGUUUGGUUAGUGGAUUAUUAUAACCAAACUAUUUGAAUAGGCUAGGAAGUCUGAAAGGAGGUUUCAAUGAUAUCAAAAUGCAUAAGUGGUUUAAAGAUAUUAAUUGGAAGGAAUUGGAGCAAAAAAAAAUUAAACCUAUAUUUUAACCAAAUCCUGAGUAUAAAAAUUAAUCUAUAAAAAAAGCGAAACUAUUUAUAAAAAUGUAGCUGAAGAAUAACCAACCAAUAUUCAAAAACAGAUUAAAAAUGAACCUAAUUAAAAUUAUUUCCAAGGAUGGUGA